AUGGCUGCGGAGGCUGCGGCGGUGCGGCACCGGGCCGGGGCCGCCGGGGCCGGCGGGGCCGCCGGGGCUCGGCGGCUGCUGCUCUCCCUCCUCGCCUGCUCGCUGCUGCCCGCUCCGGCGCGCGGACUGCUCGGCUUCCGGCCGGAGGACACCGGCGCGGAGCUGUCCGUGCAGGACGGGGUGCUGAAAGCCACCGAGGGGACCCGCUUCAUGCUGCGGGUUUACUACUCCACCUCCCCGCAGAGGCUCAACCGCACCGCGGGGACGCGCGCCAACAACGCCGCGCCCUGGAUCGCCUUCAUCGAGGAGCCGAGUCCCGGCAGGGAGGGACAGGUGCACCCCAAGAGGAACAUGUGCAUGGACAAGACCGCCCGGACGUCCGACAUCGAGGUGCUGGGCUCCUUCAAGUCCGCCUCCAGCCAGAACUCGGUGCUGGUGGAGCUUCUGGCCAAAGACCUGCGCAGAGGGGAGAAGAUGAAGUUCUACUCCAUGUGCGCCUUCGACGGCUCCAAGUGGGAGCACUACCGCACCCGGGACUUCUGGGUGGCCGUGGCGGAGCGCUCCGCCGUGCCGGACCUGUGGCUGCAGGUGCUGGUGUCGGUGCUGCUGCUCGGGCUGUCGGCGCUGUUCAGCGGCCUGAACCUGAGCCUGCUGGCGCUGGACCCGGUGGAGCUGCAGGUGCUGCAGAACAGCGGCACCGACACGGAGCAGAACUACGCGCGGAAGAUCGAGUCCGUGCGCCGGCACGGCAACUACGUGCUGUGCACGCUGCUCCUGGGCAACGCCAUCAUCAACGCGUCGCUGGCCGUGUGGAUGUGCCAGAUCCUGGGCAUGACCUGGCUGUCCACGGUCAUCUGCGCCUUCGGCAUCUUCUUCGUCGGGGAGAUCCUCCCGCACUCGGUGGCGUCGCGCCACGGCCUGGCCAUCGCGUCCAAAACCAUCUGGGUGACGCGGCUGCUGAUGGUGCUGUCCUUCCCCGUCUCCUACCCCAUCAGCAAGCUGCUGGACCUCAUCCUCAACCAGGAGAUCUCCAACUUCUACACCCGGGAGAAGCUGCUGGAGAUGCUGCGCGUCACGGACCCGUACCACGACCUGGUCAAGGAGGAGCUCAACAUCAUCCAGGGCGCGCUGGAGCUGCGCACCAAGACGGUGGAGGACGUCCUGACGCCGCUGUCCGACUGCUUCAUGCUGGCCUCGGACGCCGUGCUGGACUUCAACACCAUGUCCGAGAUCAUGCAGAGCGGAUACACCCGCAUCCCCGUCUUCGAGAACGAGAGGUCCAACAUCGUGGACAUCCUGUUCGUCAAGGACCUGGCCUUCGUGGACCCGGACGACUGCACCCCGCUGAAGACCAUCACCCAGUUCUACAAGCACCCGCUGCACUGCGUCUUCAACGACACCAAGCUGGACGCCAUGCUGGAGGAGUUCAAGAAAGGGAAGUCCCACCUCGCCAUUGUGCAGCGUGUGAACAACGAGGGCGAGGGCGACCCUUUCUACGAAGUCAUGGGCAUCGUCACCCUGGAGGACGUCAUCGAGGAAAUCAUCAAGUCCGAGAUCCUGGACGAGACGGACCUCUACACCGACAAUCGAACAAAGCGCCGGGUCUCCCACCACGAGAGGAAGCAGCAGGACUUCUCCAUCUUCAAACUGUCCGAGAACGAGAUGAAAGUGAAGAUUUCCCCUCAGCUUCUCCUGGCAACGCACCGCUUCCUCUCCACAGAGGUGGAGCCCUUCAAACCAGCUCACAUCUCAGAGAAGAUCUUGCUGCGGCUCAUCAAACAUGCCAGCGUGGUUCAGGAGCUCAAGUUUGACGAGAAGAACAAGCGAGCGCAGCAGCACUUCCUGUUCCAGCGCAACAAGCCGGUGGACUACUUCAUCCUGGUGCUGCAGGGCCGAGUGGAGGUGGAGUUCGGUAAAGAAGCUCUGAAGUUUGAGAACGGAGCCUUUUCCUACUUUGGGGUUCCAGCCAUCAUGCCAACAGUCCACAGGUCCCCGUCUCGAAGCAGUGGUCUGGACCGCUCCGAGUCCAUGCUGUACGGGGGCAGCAUGGGCCAGCUGAACGGCGGGGGAAACGCCUACCUGCCCGACUACUCGGUCCGACAGCUCACACACCUCCAGGUCAUCAAGAUCACCCGGAGCCACUACCAGAACGCGGUGACGGCCACCCGGAUGGACAGCUCACCUCAGACGCCGGACGCCGACACCCGGCUGACCGAGGCCAACAGCCCCACCCCGGAGGCCCCGCCCACAGACCAGGCGGCCACGCCGAUGCCCCCCGAGCACGCCGCCAACACCACCACCACCCUCCUCAUGCCCCCGCCCCGGGAGCCCGGCAGGCCCAGCUCGGCCCGGAGCCGGGCCCAGCAGUCCAGCGUCCCACACAGCACGUCGCUGCUGAACGAGAAGAACCGCAUCGUCCGGAGUAAGUCUGAUGGCCAGAAGAGUCCCAGUGACUCGGUGUUUCUCAGGAUGGACGAGAUUCCCUACAUCAGAGAGGACAGAGUGGAGACGGACGCACAGCCAGACUUGGCCUCGGUUCCCACGGAGACGGACACGUCCCCGUUCAUCAGCAACCUGUCGCUGAGCAGCUCGGAGGACACGCUUGGCAAGAAGCUGCUGCUCAAGCUCAGUCAUAAGAAAAGGAAAAAAUCUCGUGAAGGAGAGAAGACGCCAGAGGAUGUUUCAGAGCAGCCGCUGGUGAAAACCUAGCAGAGCGGGCGAGAGAGGCCAGAACUCUCCAAACUCUCCAUCUGCUGGUGGUUCCUAGAGCUGUUUGUAAAGACGAGGUUUUCAGCUGUCAGAGUUUUAUCUGAAAACACUUCCUGCGCUCGCUCUGAAGGAGGCGGCGAGGUGGAUCCACGAC